UUGGAGGGCUAACGGUCAACACGGCACAUUUCUCACUCUCACUCAACAAAAUAACACGCAACGGCAAACAAAUAAAUCUCAGCCGACCUACCUUCCAAGCAAGCUUAUCAAUUUUUUUCCACUACCGGAAAUUACUAUUUCAGUUAAUCAAGUGUUAUUUUUCUCAUCACGUCCGUAGUAAAUUUGGACACGUAUUGGAAAGAGGAUGGAGACGGACGACCGGUCGAUUCUCCGCAAUAAAGGGGGGAGUAGCAGUAUGAAGCAGCGACGAGUUUUGGGGGAGGUUCAUUUGGAGGUGGAGCUGCCGUCCGGUGGCCUCGUCGCCCAACAACAACGUUCCUCCACCUCGUCCCUCAAACGACUCUCCGAAGUCCUCUCAGACCAACGUUGCCUCAGGGAGCAGUAUAACUCAGCCACCCAGCUGGUCGCCAAAGGGGAUCAAAGAAUUGAAGAGUUGAAGAAGACCCUAAAUGUACGAAAUGGAAUGGUUGAAAAUCUCGAGAACGAGAAAGGGAAGUUGUUGGGAGAGUUGAAGCAACUGUCCCUUGAAAAAGAACAGCUUAACACACAACUUCAGGAAGAAUUGGACAUUCGUAAAAUGAUACAGGUUGAGUCACAGAAAUUGAUUCACGAUAUUAAAAGCUCAUAUGAACACAAAAUUUCCAAACUCCGAGAUGAGAUCAAAACAAAAGAGGAAGUUGUUUCAAUAAAGGAGGAGCUCAUCAAGGAUUUGGAGAAGUUAGUAAAGAAAUUGAGAACAGAGAUUGUCACACUUAAUGGUGAACUCCAAACUUCUCGAACUCAAGUUCGGCAAAGUCAAGGCAAAAUAACAGAGAACUUUAGAGGAAGCAUUUCUAUGCUUGAAUCUCGGCUUUCAAUGAAAUCCUCCGAAGCCGAAAGUCAAAUCAAGUCGUUGCAGUCGCGACAUUCAGAAGAGAUUGCAAGAAAAACAAAGAAAUUUGAAUCUUUUAGUGACAGACUCCAGAGCUCGUUGGAGGAAAAGGAAAAAGAAUUGAAGGAAGUGCUCGGAAGACUGAAAGAGUCCAGAAAAUCACGGGAUGCUACACUCUUGGAUAUGAACGAAGCUCAAGCGAAGCAUGACGUGUUGGUCUCAGAGCUCAAGGAAGAGCUGAAGAAGGUAUUGGCAGAAAAUGCCGUCCUGAAAUUGGAGCGCGUCUCCGAAUUAGACUCCCAAAUCAAACUGGAGGAACUUGAAGUCGAACUUCAGCAGGCGAUCAAAGAUAAUGAUGAACUCAGAGACAAGCUGGAAGACCUUUUACAGGACAGGGAAGACAAGGAGAAGAAUAUCAAAAGAUUAGAGAAAUCCGUAAAUCGGUUGGAAGGAAACAUCGAGGAAUUGGAAAUUCAGAAACAACAAUUGUACGAGAAAACUCAAGAGUAUUUGCACCAGAAGGAUGCUAAAGAGGAAUCUUCCGUGGCGAUAAAACUCUUACAAGAACAACUCGAGCAAUCCCAGCUGAAGUUGGAUGAAGCCAAAGAAAACUUGAUUUCCGAAAGACACCGCUUUCAAAAAUUUAACGAGCAAUUCGCCGAGAUGGAGAAGAAUUUUGGUCUCACCAAAGUUGACCUGAGAAUAAUGACUCGAGAUAAAAAUAUGGCAGACCAAAGGGUCAGUCGGAAUUUGAGUAGAAUUGAAAAACUUGAAAAGGACUUGGAAGACGUCACAAGCUCCAGAGCAGAAUUGGAAAAGAAAGUCCUUGAGAUGACACAAUUAGUCUCUGAGUCUCGUACAAACUUAGAGAAAGAAUCAUUCCAAUUGGAACAAGCUCGACGAAUGUUGGCAGAAACGCAGGAGGAGAAAACUAGACUGCAAGCUGCGCUUGACAACUCUGAAAAAGAAAUGGGUAGAAUAAAAGUCGAGCUGAGUUCUUUGAAUAAAUUAAAGAAGCAAUUACAAGAUUGUGACAGCCUUCUAAAGAAGAAGGACGAAGAAAUUCAAGAAAAAACCCGUAAAAAUGAAAUUAUUCGAGAGAAUGUAACACUUUUGAGGGGAGCCUCAGCCGCACUAGAAAACCAGUUGCGAGAAUUUGAGGUAGCAUUUACUGGAAAAGUACAAGAACUGGAAUCUUCUGAGAUUGAAAAAACCAAGUUGUCCACAGAAUGCUCCUUAUUAAAAGAAAAUCUGCAAAAGGCAAAGAUUGAUUUGAACGAAGCCAAUAGUCUUAAAGCCUUUUUAGAACGAAGACUUAAAGAGGUGGAGUCAACCAUGGGCCGUACCGAAGAGCUGUCUUCUUCCACAAUCUCUUCAAUGUCGGCUAAGAUUGAAGAACUCUCAAGUAAAAAUGCUGAGCUCGUUGCAAGUAGCAAUAAGUUUGCUGCUGAAGUUCUGAAUAUUACUGCAGAGAAAGCCUAUCUCAGCACUCGCAUGGACGAAGUUAGCCAAGACAAUUACAAGUUGACCCAAGAGUUGCACAAGUGUUUGGAUACGGUAUUUGAGUUAAAACACGAGACUAUUAAGCUAAACCAGGAAAUCGAGGACACGGAAUCCAAAGCAGAGGCUCGCAUUACAGAUUUGAGGAGAUUACAAACCACUGCUAUCCAGGCUAAAGAUGCAUCCAACAUAAUGAUGCAAAGCACCAUCGCCCAACAACUUAAAGUCAUUCAGCUCUUGCAAGAUCAAAAUGAAGCACUCUCCAACAAAAAGAAAAAGUUUCACUUCUUUUCACGAGGAGAAAAGGAGGCAGCCACAUAUCAGACACCCGUCAAGAAGACGGGAAAGACACUUCCAAGAAUGGCACAACCACCCUCAACUGGUAGCACCCUGACACCCAGACCAUUUGGGAUCAAUGCUCGACAGCAGUCUGCUCUUGUUCUUGGCAAGUGUGACGAACAAAAGUUAUUGGCAGAAUUGGAUGCAUUGAACAAGCCCAAAAGUCUACCAGCAAUACCAGGCGACAGUGCACCUAAAGAAGUCCCAGUUGUGGCCUCAUUGGAGUGUCACGUUAAGAAAUGCCUUCUUCUCCAAGAUACGAAACAACGGAUUGACAUUAACUGCUCGUUCCACAUCUUAGAUGACUUGUAUAUGAUGGGAUGCGAGCAAGGACUGUUUUCCAGGAAGGGAGAAACGAGUGAUGUCCACGUCGUUAAAAUUGACGGAAUAGGGGCCGUUUAUCAAAUGGAGUUCAUUUCGUCAUUGAACUCUGUCCUCUUUAUUGAGGGGGAUGAACAGAGAUUGUUCAUGUCCUCCAUGGGAAUCGUAUCUGCAUGUGGUGAAGCGGCAGAAUGUUCUCAACCAAAAAUAUCCGGAUCUGUUGUUGCAGAAGUGCAAAACUGUCACAUGUUUGAAGUACGGGACGUAAAUCAAAAUGAUUUGACUUUAUGUGUGACCACGUCAAAACAUAUCCACAUUCUCUCCUGGAAAGAUUCAAUUUUCGUCCUACGACAAAAAAUUUCCACUCCGGAAGUAGUCACAUGCAUGCUAUUAACACCAAACUCUGUGAUAUAUGGGGCUGGAAAGCUUUAUGAAUUGGAUACCAAAAAUUUCCAGCUGCAAGAAUUUCUGGAUGAGACAGAUUCAUCCCUGUACUUUGUGCUAUUUGGGAGUGACGACUUGGCAAUACCGAUUGCUAUUUUGGACGUUGGAAUGAGCAAUUGGACGCCAGAGACAAAACCACGCAAAGAGUAUCUCAUCUGCUUCACAACAUUGGGCAUAUUUGUGGAUGAAGAUGGACGUCGCACGAGAGGAGAAGACAUUACAUGGAAUAGGUUUCCACAGUCCAUUAACUAUCGACAUCCCAACCUCUACAUUUUUCAUCAUUCCUCAGUCGAAGUUAUUCGCCUGAACGCCGAAAGUUAUACAAAAACUCGCGUUGGUCUUGAUUUAGAGUCGACAAAUGUUGGAAAGGAGGUUGCUACCAUUCCCACGUCCAAUUAUCUGGAUGUCCCAAGUCCAAAUUUUAUUGGCAAAGGACAACAACCGGGAUCAAUUGUCAUCACUUCAAAGGACAAAAGCAGACUUGAUGUUUUUGAUAUUAAUUUGGACGCGACACCCAGUAAUCACAAGGGGACCAAAGAAACUAGAAAAUCCGAUAAGACGCACAAACCCUCAUCCUCAACGUCUCCACUAUCCACGACCAGUUCUUCGGAUGACGAUUCAGAGUCACAAUUAGAGUCUGAAGUCUAUUAAGUAUAUUUACGCCAUAUCCAUUCCACAUCAACAAAGUGAUACUCGUCCCGUGUUCAUACAUAAUAAUAAUAAUGAUAAUAAUAAUAAUGUAUAUCGUUGGCCCCGUAUUUCGAUCAUUUGACUCUAUUGAAUGUUUUCCUCUAGUAUAAAAUGUCACUGCUCAAUGUAUUAUUACUUUUAGAAUUGCUUCAUGUACAUAUGUACAUACAUACGUGGAUAAAUUUUUAAUAACACAUCAGUAUAUAUAUUUAUAUCCGUUUUACAUGUUAUUCAAUUUACUCAAUAAUUGUGAGAUCGUAUUAAUUAUGAUAGUUAAAUAUAAUAAGUAAUCGUGUAAUACUUC